AUGUUGAUCACGAAUCUUGCAGUCGAGCUUCUGAGCCAAAUCUGCAGCUACCUAGAGCUGUCAGACUGGCAAGCGCUUAGACUGUCAUGUCCCGCACUGUACGCCAACUCGCUAGAGGCUUUCUCAGAUCGAUACUUCAAGAGCAUCCGCUUCAUGGUGACGAGUGACAGCCUUCUGGAAUUGGAAGAGAUUUCCAGGUCAGAUACAUUUCGUGAUCGAGUUGAGGAACUAUGGAUGAUACCCAAUGCCUGA